AUGAGCGAGUUAGACAAGACCUAUGGUGUGACAUUGAUAGGCACAAUAGCUGCAUCUGUUCUGUUUGGGGUUACCAACAUCCAGGUCUUCCAAUACUAUAGAGAAUACUCAAGUGAUCACAUCUGGUAUAAGCUUGCAGUUGCUUGGCUAUGGUAA